GCUCCAGACUGCAGGAACACAACAAAAUCCAGCUGCUGGUCGCUGAACUCGAGGCUUUGCUGUGUUUUAUCGAUUGAUGCGCACAUCACCUCUGACGGGCUUCAUGUCGGCUACUGCCAGAAAGAUGCACCUAGAAAUGACUCUCCUGCAGAUUCUUGCUGUGCUCUUCCUGCCAGGAGCUUUGGGCCAGAGCAGCAGCAGCAGACUUGGCCUAGUGGUGGAGACCAAGAACAUCACACUCCCUGCAGGCUCCAAGGCCGUGUUGCCCUGCCACAGCCCUCGCAUGGUGUGGACCCGGGACAGACUGAAGGACCGUCAGAGGGUGGUGCACUGGGACGUGGUCCACAGCAGCCCAGACUAUUCUGUGGAGCGAAUCUUGGACAUGUCACCUGGAGCCCGUCAGAGGGUCUACAAUGCCUUCAACAAGGGACGCAUUUCCCUCCCAGAGUCUGCUUUCAAUGACGGCAACUUCUCCCUCAUUAUCAACAAUGUGGUGCAGACUGACAAAGGGGUUUAUACUUGUAAUUUGCACCACCACUACUGUCAGAUUCACCAGUCCAUUCAGAUCCAGCUCAAUGUGACUAAGUCAGCUCGGAAAGAGAAACGCUACUGGGAUGGGGAGAAGACCGUGUUCGUGGUGUUGCUGGGCAGCUCGGUGGCCCUGCCUUGUGUAAACCGACGCCCCCUGUGGAGAGAGGGCCUCCAGGAGGACCAGCAGCAGGUGGCCCACUGGGACUUCCAGCCCCCCGGAGUGCGUCCUGAUCGCGCUGACCGACUGGUGGACCUCUACGCCUCCGGAGAGCGCCGGGAUUAUGGGGCUCUCUUCGGCCAGAACAAGAUGAGCGUGGAAGAGCAUGCUUUUACAUUGGGGGACUUCUCACUGUCCAUCUCUGACUUGAAGCCUGUUGAUAAAGGCCUUUACUCCUGCCACUUGCACCAUCACUACUGUGGUCUGCACGAGAGGCGCAUCUUCAGACUCACUGUGGGACCUCCACUGCCCUCAGCCCCUACCACAGCGCCCAGAAUUCUCUCAAAUGAGCCAGAACCAAGGAAAGAGGAGGGGGAGACUCCACGUGUCGUAAAUGUCUUCCUCCCUGAACAUCGAGGAUAUUUUGUGCAGCAUUUGGGCUACUUCCUGGCAACGUUCUUACUCCUGGCGUUCAUUGUGGUCGCUGUCAUCGUGUUGACUCGACGACGCAAAAAGAGAGGGCUGGAAUAUGAGCUGGGUAGAACUGACCGGGGAUUUGAAGCCAGUGGAGGUGAAAUAGCAUUAGACUGCACGGAGCUGAAGACCUGUAACCAAGAUCCUUUGAAUUCAGACUACAAAAAUAACCUACUGAAAGAGAGAGAUAUGGCGAAAGACUGCAAUAAGGACUUUGAUGGGAAGAUGUGGAAGUGAGUGUGAUAUUUCUGAGAUGCUGCUGGCAGGUCCAGGGCAAACACCGGAAGGGUGAAAGACCGUGGAGAGAAAGGAGAAAAACCCAGGAGAGGACAGGAGGAAUUCUCCCUCUGCUGUAACUCUAGCACACUAAGCUUUUCACUAAAAGGCAUCAUAUUUUUUUUCGUGUAUUUUUUUUAAAUUUUUAUAUAUCACUUUAAUUUUCUCCAGCAGUUAUACCAAUAUGGUUAACAUAUAUUUGAGCUUUACUCUUUGCAUUCAUUGGAUUGUUAAUGUUGAACACAAAGCAUUUUUUAUCGUCCUUAUUAAAUGCAUGCUGAUUAUUAGGGUAUGGUUUUCAUGGACUGUGCAUAAGUGCAGAGCUGCAAGCUCACAGCUCUUUUUAAUUGUUAAAAUUUGAUCUUAUUUGCACAAAUUCUGCUGUACUGUAAUUUGUAAAAGGUACUUCAUGUUAUAAAGAUUCAUUUACUGUAUGUAGACGGUUUCAGAGGGUGGUUGAAAACACAUUUCUGCGUGUGCCACACGUUUUAAGGUAUAAAUAGUGUAAAAACAGAUUUACUUUGUACAAACAGCUGUGGUGACAAAGGGGUGAUUACUGUGUUACGUUUCUCAGAAAAGCAAAAUGUCAGACUUAAAUUCGUAUUCAGACAACAUUUUACCCAUAACGACAUAUACUGUACAAUGGCCUCGAGGAAUACAUGUCCUAAUUGAUCAUUUACUAUUAAUGGACUAAAGGCUCAGUCUGUGGAAACUCAGGAAAAAAAAUAUUUGAAUCAUGUUUUUUAAUGGGCAGUGCAGUACUUGUGAACAUCAAGCAUGUACGGGGUUUGUAAAACACUGAAUUUUCAUUAGUGAAUCUACUUGUCAACGAUACAGGUACAUUUCUGUAAUAAACUGUGUGGCUAUGGAUCUAUGAGGUUUACUGCAGGAACAGGAGUGUCUACGAUAUCAGUAAUGCUAGAUGUAGUCCUAACUAACCCCACUUUUUUUUCUGUCUGUCUCUUGCUGCUCUCUUCCACACUCUAAUACUGGUCUCUUCUAAUAAAAGAUGCUUUUAUUAAAGAUUAACAACCAUGA